AUGACUCGAACGGGACGCAUCACGACGAAAGUGGGUGCUGGCGGCCAACUUGCUAGUCUGUGGGGUGGUCCCGCUGUUCCUCUGGGCCAAUACUGGGAAUCGCAAUGCGAAUCAUGCCCACCUGCCCCCCUCGUUUCCCGGCAUGGAAUUGCGGCUCCCGCUACUUCUGUUGAGACGUCAGUGCUGGACUGUCAGGCACCGGCGUUAGUUCGUCACCAUAUCCUCCGAUCUGGGGCUUUUCGCCGAUGA